AUGUCCUACGGCAGCGAGACGCCGCACGUCUGGAGCAGCUCUGCAGGUAGCGAGGUGUCACCUUACGGACCGUUGUGGGACACGCCGCAGGCCUCAGUGCCUUAUCCAGACAUCCUGGCCUUCCCACCCGCCGACCUCGUGUGGUCGGCGGCCGGGUGCGGUGGACGUGGCGGGGCUCGAUCUACACCCGGCGGGAAGAAGCCUCGGCGUCGAGUUGCCUCUGUGGCACAGAGACGCGCUGCGAACAUCCGCGAGCGACGCCGCAUGUUCAACCUAAAUGAGGCUUUUGAUAAGCUGAGACGAAAGGUGCCAACAUUUGCUUACGAAAAACGGCUCUCUCGCAUUGAAACUCUUCGUUUAGCGAUCACUUACAUCAGCUUUAUGUGUGAACUGUUGCACGGCUCCCCGCAACCUCAUCAUCCAUCGCAUCCCAGUCUUCAUCCGCCGCGACAUGUUUUUGACGCUGAAGUUCCAUGGUGCGCUUAA